UUGACUUUGAUGAUGAUUGUGGUGAUGGGGUCAGAGAAGGCCUGCGUCGAAGCUGAGAUUCCUCUAAUUGGGUUAAAUCAGUCCAUCUAGACGUAUUUUAAAUUUAAUCUCUGAUGUUUUAUUAGAUUUGUGUUUGGUAUUUAUAUUCUUAUAACUCAACGCGACUUUUAUUUUGACAUUGCGCAGCAUUAACCCUUGAACUGCAUUUUGCGCCAUCUUUAAGAUGCAAGAAAAUUCUAUUUUUGUAUGAUAAAAAGAUUGAGUUUCUAUUCUGACUGUAUUUUUCUCUAUUUGCUUAUUUUUGUAUAUAUAAACCUUGUCCUACCUAUAUCACUCUGCACCUCUUUAGCAACAACACGAGCUGACUUUGAAAAAGACCAGAGAAAUCCAACAUUAAAAAAAUAAUCUAAGGCCAAAAACCUUCACAAUUUACUCUGCAAUAAAUAUCAAAUUGAAGUAUAUUUUGAGCUCAUUUUAUUUCAAAUGUUGCGUUUUUCAGGUAAAAUGCGCACGGCGCAAGGGAGACACGUUCAUUUUCUUAGCUCAAGAAUCACUAAACAAUUCAUUUUAGGAGCGAAAUUGAUUCCAAACAACCAAUAUGUGUCAAAAUUGCUGUACCUAAGCGGAUUAAUAAGCAAUAAAAGUAGCAUCCAUUUGAACAAAGGCGCACCUUUUGGCAAAAAACUCAUAAUUCUAUUGAAAAUGUCUCAACUUCAGCAUCAAUGAGAUUAUUAUUGAAACUAUUAAUGACUAUUUUUUCCUCCAAUGUCAAAAUUGCCUCCUCAAAGCCAAAAAUCAUUAUGAAUUGAUUUGCGUUAUUCUUGCUGAACACUCCUUAUUGACAGCUACCUCGUGAUCCAUGCAUGCGUAAUGACGCACAAACUUGACUUUACCUAACUGUCCUUUGAACGUGAGGAAAUAUUGUCUUCUUGAUCACGGUGAUGAUGAUGAUGGGGAUGAUGAUGAUGGUGUGCAUGCUUGUGCGUCCUCUGCGCUCCUUCCCUCACGUCUGCGUGGACUUGGUGGCGAUGAGCUCACACCUUUGAAGAGUGAAAUAUUGGCGUUAUUGACGCAGUCCUUCUAUUUAAACCAGCCAGUGCUCCCCGCAGAGGUUUUCCGUGGCCGCUGUGAGAACAAACAAUUUAUUAGAGCGUUUAUGGCUUGAAAAGGAUUAAUUAAGAAGACGGGAUAUGAGGCAGAUGGAGAUUAAGACGCGCUUUCUGCGUUUUACCGAUGUGAGUUUGUUGGAAGAGUUUGUUGUUGUUGUGUAAAAUUUGCGCACAACUAAUGUAGUUGCGCGCUGUUAAUAAAGUAUGCAAGCUUUUUUUCCUGUAGGGUUUCCGUGAAAGCGUGCGUAAAGGCAGACAGGCUGGAGCGCCUCAUUUCGAUUCACCGGGGACUCCUGCGCGCAACAAGAGCCCCCCCACGGGUGCAAUAGUGCAAGCACAGACGGCAGCGAUUGGCCAGAGGUUGAUCAGAUGGUACACUUCCCCUCUGCAUUCAGAGGCACCUCACAACCCCCCCUUUCAGCAAAAACCAAAUCUCCGAUAAAGUAAUGGCAAAAGCACUUGGACUAUAAAAGACAACAAAUCAUAUUCCUCCGGAGUAUAUACACCCCGUUGUCCACCCAAUGAGUUCCUAUUUCGUUAACUCAACUUUUCCCGUGUCUCUGCCGGGAGGACAGGACUCUCUCCUGGGUCAGAUACCGCUAUAUUCCUCGGGAUACACCGACCCGUUAAGACACUACUCCAACGCGGCCACAUAUGGAGCGGCCAACAUGCAGGAGAAGGUUUACCCGGCGUCUUACUACCAGCAGACAGGCGCAGCGGCCGCGGCCAUCUACGGACGCGCCGGUGGCGGCGCGCCUUGCGACUAUAACCCGGUGGGGACUUUUUACAAGGACGCGGAGGGCUCGUGCGCCUUCUCCAGCCGCGAGGACCAGCCUCUGUUUGUAACUCAAGAGCAUCAGCAGCGGAAAGCGGAAUGCCCGGAGCAAGCUGUCAGCAUGAGCAGCAGCAUCGACGACAAGUCUUCAACUCUGAUCUAUCCGUGGAUGCAGAGGAUGAACGCGUGCUCCGCCGGUCCAUUUGGCACGAGUGGCCGCAGGGGCCGACAGACCUACACCCGCUACCAGACCCUGGAGCUGGAGAAGGAGUUCCACUUCAACCGCUACCUGACCAGGAGGCGCCGGAUAGAGAUCUCCCACGCCUUGUGCCUGACGGAGAGACAGAUCAAAAUCUGGUUUCAGAACCGCAGGAUGAAGUGGAAAAAAGAGAACAAACUCCUCAACCCGUCAAAGACACCCGAGGAGGAGGAACAGGCGGAAAAAAAGAGCUGAACAGACUAUGGGACAGAAUUGUUGUUUGUGCGUUUACGCGCCACUCCGGAACAAUUCCGAUGUACAUUUUCUUUGUAAAUAUGAAAGUUUCAUGUUAGACUCGUGGUUUUAUUUCUGUUUCUGCACGGAAACACUGUCCGCAUAAUCAAAGCCUCCUCUGUCUGUCCUUGUGCUUGUGUAUUUAUUUAGGGGACUAUGCAAAAAAAGGCAGAAAAAAGUUAUUUCAUUUCUGUGUUUAGUUUUGGACCCUGUCACAGUACCUCAUAUAGGCCCUGCUGGAUUUUUAUUCAAACUUCUCGACCUUUGCAGAUGUGUUGUCCUUCCUCGUGCUCCGUGACUCUGUGCUUGGUAGUCUGUAGGUUCGUCGUUUACACCUGUGCCAUAAACGGUUCCACUUGUACAGUUGAGAUAUGUUCCAUGUUAUUUAUUGUUGUUAAUUGUGUGUUCAAUGCACAUCUGGAUAUUGUGUGCAAUAUUUUUGUUUAAAGGGAAUUGUAAAUAUGAAUAAAGUUUUUUUGAUGUACACUAAAA